CAGUCCAGCCGUUGCGACCGCGACCCGAACCUCAGUCAACCCACUCACUACCAAAUUCCAGCCGAGCAAUUAACGAAUGUGAGUUUUCCCUUGAUACACUCCGAAAUCUCCAGCAACACUCGCCCAACGACCCGGAUCGCGCCAGCAACCUCGCCGCGGCCUUCCCAGACCCCGUCCGCUCACUGUCCACUCCUUCCAGAUCACCGCCAAAAUGGGUGAAGCCUCCGUCGUCGCCUCCAAGUGGCGCCUGGUCGAGGUCGGCCGCGUCCUCCUCAUCAACGAGGGCCCCAACGCCGGCAAGCUGGCCACCAUCGUCGAGAUCAUCGACCACAAGCGCGUUCUGGUCGAUGGCCCCUCCUCAGACUCUAGGCUCGCCGUCCCGAGACAAGCAGUUUCGCUGAGCCACGUCCUCCUGUCACAGCACGUGAUCGAGAACCUGCCCCGCGGCGCCCGGACAGGAGCCGUCAAGGCUGCGUGGGAGAAGGCCGAGAUCGACUCGAAGUGGAAGGCCACCAACUGGGCCAAGAAGCGGGAGCGAAACGAGCUGAGGAGCAACCUGACCGACUUUGACCGCUUCAAGGUCAUGCGCCUGCAGAAGCGUGCCCGCUUCGAGGAGCGCAAGUCGCUGGCCAAGGUCAAGGCCUCUGCGUAAAGCACACCAACAACCACCACCGGCUUGGUGCGCUCUUACGACGAUCGACUUUGAUUUUUCUUGUUUUGCGGCGGCUUUGUUGCGAACUCAAUGGGGGCGAGCAGUGGAUGAUAAAGGGGGCAAGCGGGAGAAGACGGCUGUGGCAUCCGGGGCGGUUUAUUUCGGCUGCGGACAGCGUCUUCUCUGCAGUGGAUUGCAUGAUCAUUUUCCAACGGCAUCAGGGCUACUGCGAUUCCUUUACUUUUUUCGGGAAGACCAUGUAAAGCCACGCAUUUCAAAAACGUGGGCGUGGCGCGGCGUAAAAAUGAAACGGAAAUCCAAAGGCAUACAUGGGCAACCAGGAGGACGGCGAUGAUGAGGCCGGGCAUGUGAUGGCCACAGGCUGAGGUUUUUACCGCCCGGGUGUCUAUCUCGGAUUUCAUCACCUACCGAGACCUAGCUAGCUGGAUGGCAUCAUGGCGGCCGCCGCGAUGCCUCGGAUAGCGGGGACUUGGACAGGCGAAGGGCAUAGAGAGGGAAACCUGGAUGGAGGACUGGCUUCGGUAGUGUCUAGCACCGUCGGCGUUCAAAAAAUCGAAUCAUUACUUGGGCACGAAUUGACCUCCACUUGUUACCGUUGCUUCAACAAAGCAGACGGGGCGGCUGUGAUGCAGCCUCGCCGUCAUCGGGAUGUCAUCUCCAGGCU